UGACAUGAAUGAAACUAUGUCAAAACAAUAUAUCUCCUAUUUUCAGAAUUAAAAAAAAAAAAAAAGCACUUUCUUCCUUUCUUCUUUCUCUCUUCCAAGGUCUUCCUCAUAGAAACAAAACCCAAAGGUAGAACCAUUUUUGCAAGCAUAAUUUUUCGGAAUUCCGGAGACCACUUCUUUCACUUUCUUUGGAACUCUGUUUUCUUCUUUCUUGUCUGGGAAUUUAAAGAUGAAGAAACGGAGAGAUAAGCUGACUUGAAAGAUGAUGGAGCAAGUGCCAGGGGCAUUGGGAACUAGCGCUAGCUUGGCUCUUCGUUUGGGACAAACCAUUUUCUCCUCUGCUUCACUUCUUUUCAUGUGUUUGGAUGUUGAAUUCUAUAACUAUACUUCUUUCAGCUACCUUGUGACGGUGAUGGCCUUGGUAACGCCAUGGAGUGUGUCAUUGGCAUUAAUCGAUGCAUAUUCCGUGUUUAUGAAAUGCUUACCACGACAACCACGAGUACUGCUGAUCGUCAUUGUCGGAGACUGGGCCUUGUCAUUUCUCUCACUUGCCGCAGCCUGCUCAACUGCUAGCGUUACGAGUCUCUUGGUGAAUGUUGGGACGCCAUAUUGCUGGUCGAAGUUAUGUAGUCGAUAUCAAUUUUCUGCAGCCAUGGCUUUCUUGUCUUGGUUCCUGUCCUUUGCUUCAACACUCUUCAAUCUUUGGCUCCUUCCUUCUUUGUAGCGCCUCUGUACUUCCAAACCCAGUUUCAUACAGGAAACUCAGUAAGCAAAUCUUGACAAUUUCUGAGAUGCUCAAAUCAAGAAUUGUACAUAGACUCUAUUAUGUAUAGUAAAAAAAACACAUUAAUGACCAGAUUGAAUUUCAAUGAAUUGGAAUAAAGUUUCCUUGUCAA